GUAAUUACAAAAUACUGUACGAUAGGCUUUAAUAACGAUGAUUCAAUGAUAAGUUCAAUCGACAGUCAAUUGAAAUAAAAUACAGGAAGAAAAAUGACGUUAUAUCGUCAAGUGUUUAGUGGAUUACUUCAACUAGCAUUAAGGAAGAUGUUAAGAGUGAACUUACUAACACAGGAGGAGCAGCUUAGGAAGUGAAGACACAUAUGGGACUUGCGCUAUUUGUGUUUGUUGUUUUUGUUGGUUCCUAAAGACUGCUAUAUGGAUUUACUCUCUUUCUGGACGUUGGUGCUGCUGGCGGCUGUGUUGGCGAUGGACGUCGGCUGCUGGGCGAUAGAAGACCAGGAAGUGUGCGCAAACGGCACUUCCAAUUACACUAUGAUCGAACGGAAGGAAGAGAACAAGACCAAGAAUUUCACUGACAUCUGUCAAGAGACUUACACACCAGAUUGUAGCUUAUUUAAGAAGAUUUUAUCCUGGUUUAAUAACAAAUGUGCAGAAAGAACAAGAUAUGUUCUAAUAACUAAGAUGCGGACUGAAGUAGUGGUCACUGCGUCUAACGUCACAAAGUGUUGUCCGGGCUUUGAUGAAAAAAAUAAAUCUUGCUCAGAAGGGUGUGGCAGUGGUACAUACGGCACAAACUGCGACUUGAACUGUAGCUGCCCGACCGGUGCGUUCGAUAACUGUGACCGUGACACGGGCUAUUGUCUCUGUAAGCCCGGACUAAAGGGCCCAAAUUGUAGUGACGAGUGUCUAGAUGGGCGUUAUGGCUCGAACUGUACGCACAGCUGCACGUGUCAAAAUAACUCCACGUGCGACAGGGCCACGGGCACAUGCAACUGUUCUUCCGUCCGCGGGUGGACGGGAUCAUCCUGUGAGGAAGAAUGUGACGCUGGCACCUACGGCGAGGAUUGUCAACACAAUUGCACGUGUAACGGGAACCAGAAGUGUGGCCGCGUGACCGGAAAUUGUACAUGCAUGGCGGGUCUCACCGGCCCCAAUUGCACAGAAGAGUGUACAAAUUACACCUACGGCAUUGAUUGUGCGAAGAACUGCACGUGCAUGGACAAAAAUACUGAAUCAUGUAAUAAAACAACCGGGUACUGCACGUGUAAAGCUGGCUACAUGGGAAACGCAUGUGACGAAGUCUGUAUACCUGGAUUCUAUGGUGAUGCCUGCGCAAAUAACUGUUCGAGCAUCUGCACGGGGACAAACUACUGUCACCAUGUGUCCGGCACGUGCAUCUGCCUGGGACGCAAGGGAGAGAACUGUUCCAACGAAUGUGAUGCUGGCACUUACGGCGAGGAUUGUCAACAAAAUUGCACGUGUAACGGGAACCAGACGUGUGACCACGUGACCGGAAAUUGUACAUGCAUUGCGGGACUCACCGGUCCUAACUGCACAGAAGAGUGUACAAAUUACACAUAUGGCAUCGAUUGUGCGGAAAACUGCACAUGCAUGGGAAAAUAUACUGAAUCAUGUAAUAAACAAACCGGGCACUGCACGUGCACAGCUGGCUAUAUGGGAGACACAUGCGACGAAGUUUCAACAGAUACCACGCAUUCUGACGCGAUGAAGCCUGGCUGGUUGGAUUUUGUGGUAGUCAACUGGAUAUACUUCGCGAUAGGCGCCGGGGUCUUUGUUUUUCUGGUUGUCGUGACGAUUGCUGUCGUCUGCUACUGUCGUCUGAAUAGGAGGAAACGGUCAAACAAAGAAAAACCAGAAGAGGAAUUUCCAGCUGCUUUUGCAAACCAGGAAAACAGUGAGAAAAAGGCUACAAGCAAUGAUACAGUAGAUGUACUUCAAGACACCGUUUGUGAAACCAGUGGUUUGGAAGUCAGCGAUCAUAGCAAACCAAAUCGGAAUGCGUCCGAAGUGGAUGAACACAAGGCUGCAGCAAUUACUGGUGCAUUGUCUAAGGAGAGCGAUAGUAUGUCUACAGAUAUACACACUGAAAAACCACUUACACGAACGUACGAAGAACCUCCUGAUUUUGUUGAGCCAAAACACAUCUCUGAUGAGGUAGAGUAUGACAGUGCUGAAUAUUUAGUAGAAACAGUGCGUGAAAAACCUGAGACAACAAACACCGUCAAUAUAGAGGACGAAGAUGAUUAUGAUGUGCAUGGAAAUCAAACUUCAAUCACCUCGGACAAACUCAACGAAUACAAUACUUUCCAAGAUGUAAUUGAUAUCAUCCGAAAAGCAAGUAUUGCUGACGACGCGAGUAGCGACGAAUAUGACAUGUUAAAUAGUCAGUCAACACGGGCAAAAAGUACGCACACCACGGCAGAAUAUUCAAGUUUCGAAAUAACAAGACAUUUGAGUAUAGAUGAGAAUGACGAAAACAGCGAGGACGAUGAAAUGUACAACAAGCUCGAAACAAAACAGAAAGUAGCGAAACGCAUUGCACAUCCAAAUUAUAACAGAGUGAAAAUCAACAGUGAAUUAGGGUCUGACAAUGGUGUGACCGAUCCCACCUCUAAACCAAGGGAUGCCAGUGUGAAAAGUAAGGUGUUGAGAGAAAGCGGGAAAUCAAAAUAUAACCAAGACAGUAAUCAAGGCUCAGAAGCUGGAACGACAAAGUCAGAAAGAGAUGAAGGAAAUGAAAAGAAAAAUAAUUUAUUUUGUGUAGGUUCUGAUAAAGAAAAAUACGACCAGGAAAACAAUUGCGAUGAUUUGUACGACGAGUGUGGGCCUGAGGAUGACGAUUCUAAACCAGCAGGCCAAAACAAACAAACAACAAGGCUAUCAUUCCAACCUAAGGAACCUGAAACAGCUCUGUAUGAAGACUGCAAGGAUUCUGAUCAUGACUCUGACAAUAAUAAUGCUAACAAGAGCGAUGAUGGAGAGGUGGUUUAUGAAGACGUUAGUGAUUGUAGUGAUACGGAAAGUACGCAACUGGACGAGAUUGGAGCGAUGAAUAAACAGAAGACAAACGGUGGACAUUCUUCUGAUGAAAAGAGAGCUAUAAAGGAUAACAAGGCCGUUCAAAACCCAGUAACGGAUGCCCAAAUAAGGUCGAAGCCUAAGAGGGCGCAUGAAAGACGAAAAGAAGAUUAUGAAGUGUUUGAAUUAAAUACCUAGAUGUGAUGUUUUCCGAUGUUUUUGAAGAUUUCUGAUUUGAAUAUUGUUUCUUUUAAAUAUUCCAUCGCAUAGACCGCAAUAUAGACAUUGCAUGGUUGCCAUCACUCUUUUCAGCAUCGUUUUUGCUAACUAAAUUGAUAUUCUAACCAGUUUGCCAGUAUAUAAUUUGUAUUUGUCUCACGGGGACUUCUGGACUAAGCCAAGAACCGUUUCAAGAUUCGUGCACAUCCACACUGUUUGUGUACCCCGAUAAAACCGACCGCCAUAAACAGUAUUUUUGUGUGUAUUAAGUCCCCGUUCACUAGUGCUACAAUGGUAUCUGGGGCAUUAAUAUAAAGAGAAUUAUGAUUAUAUGGAUAAAAAGAAUGUAUUCACUAUUUUGAAAUUAUUUUGUAACGGUUGAUAAGCUGUAAUUAGAAAAUGCUUGUAAAUAUAAAGCAUACUUAUGCAUGUCUAUACUCCUUUAAACUUAAAACAAUUCCACUUAAUAUUGAUACAUGGUAGGAAAAGGUAAAAUAAAUAAAUGUUUAAACUUUUA